UAUAUUGUUGCAUAUACAGGUUUCCUCUCAUGAUUUCAAGUUAUUUAGUCUUUAUUGAUGAAUACUUUAUUUGAUUUCUAAUCAUUCUAUCCAAAGGAUGGACUUGCAUAAUCAAAUGCUGUAAAAAACAUGCUAGAUGUUCAUGUGAGCAGACACAAGACUUCUUUUUCUUUAUUUCUUAUUGACCAACUUUUAGGGAUAUAAUGUUUGUGAAAUAUCGUUAGGAGGUUUAAGAGUAAUGGUAUUUCAUCUCUCUUUGUGUGAGAUUCAAGGCAUACAUGAAGCAGUCAGUGGCAAUUUACUGGACGCCCACAAUCUGUCCCUACUGAACCCUUACAUGCCCAAUUUAAGUGCAUCCUGGUUAUUUCAAAGAGCGAUGUCAGCAAAGAAAGGCACUAAUGUUCCACCAGAUUUCAUCAAUGAGCUUCUUUACAUCAAUUUUCAGAGUAUGCAGAGGCUGGGGGAUCCUGUACUAAGACCAUUUCUUCAGGAUGUUAUACAGUUUGGGCCUCUUGUGAAUACGUUAGGACUAGUUAUGCUUACCAAACCUCUAAUUAUUCCAUCAAUAUUUCAGCAGGUUGGUAUUCCAGUGCUUCUUGAUUGGUCUGGACAUUUCGUUAUGCUGGGUUACUAUACGUUUCUCUCUACCUUCAUUGACCCUGUGAUUAGGCCAUUGAUAAAUGCAUUUCCAGCCAACAUGAAGUAUAAAUGGAAACGGCAACUUGAGGCUUGGAAAUAUGGAGCUGGUUUGGACUACAAAUUGAGCCAUUCAUUGAAAAGUGAGAGAGAGACAAGAAAAGUGACUGGUAGGGAAACUUGGACUGAGAGUAAUCGUGUUUCAUGA